AUGACUUUGUUCAUCAUCCUUGAACGCUCUAACUUUGUCGGUUUAACUCGAUUAACCUGUAACACCACAAACGCUCGUAGAUACCAAUUCGACAUAUAUAAUCAAGUUCACGACAAUAAAACACUUGUUAUAAUACACUUUAGCACCCGGUUUUUACACACUCCAUCAAUAUGUAGCACCUCAUCCAGCACCCACCACCACCAACCCUCCUCAUCACACACACCCUCAAUCUCCCCAUCAGAUCUAACCUCAUACGAGCACGCAUGCCGCUCAGAUCCCGACAUCCAGUCCUUCGACUCAUCCCUCCACUAUCGCACCACCUGCGUCAUCAACUCACUCGCUGUCGAUGCUGUGCCGUUGAGUUCGAUGGGGAAAUGGGUGAAUUCGUUGUGGAAGAAGUAUGAGAACGAGUUGAAAGCGCAGAGGGAGACGAUUAGUUCAAUGCGGGUUGGGAAUCGGAUUGUGAUCAAGGAUUUGGAUAAUAUUAAGGUGUUGGUGGAUAAGUUGGGGAAUGAAAUUGAAGAGUUGGUGCGGAACGCCAAGUUUGCGAUUAGGGAGGAGGAAGAGGCGGUGGCGGUUGCGGUUGAUGAGAUGAGGAAAGUUGUGAGUGAUUUUGUGUUGAAGAAACCCUAA